AUGCCGUCCUCGACCCUUCCAACGUACUACCUCCCUCCUCCUCAUGGGCACCCACCCCCUCACUCGUCUCAUCUAUCUCCUUCUGUCCCAUCGCCCAAGCCCAGACGUCCAACAGUAUUCGAUGACCUCUUUACCGACCUGAUCACUUCGUUGGACAAAUCAACCAGUGAUCUCAGCACUUCUCGCGAGGAUAUAGGUAUAGCUAUACCAUCAAGUUCACCAAUGAAAUCCAAAUACCUCGGGGUAGAUAAUGACCUUCAUCUACUCAAACAUUCAAUAUCGGAACGGAAUCUAUCUGAUUCACGACGUUCAGCUCAGGAUUUGAAUUUAGUAGAUAAGUUGAUGGAGGAUCAUAAGAAAGAAUUGAAAGAGUUUGAGAAAGUCAAACAGCAACUGAAAGAAGAAAGGGAAUUGAAUUCGAGGUUGAAGAUGGAAAAUCAUAAGAUGAAGGAACAGCAUGAACAGAAGAUUGAAGAGAUGAAGAAAGCUAAUAAGAAAGCAUUAAAGAUUUUAAUGGGAUUGCAAAGAGAGGAAUUUUUGAAUUGGUCGAAUGGUUUGAAACCUUAUAUCAACCAGAUUGAUCAAGCUGUCAGGGAUAGGAUUAAUAACUGGGAGAAAUCCGUAAGAGUCAGGACGAAUGGAUAUCAGAACCAUGGAUUGAAAGAGGUAGACAAGAAUUUGAAUCUGGACUUGGAACGGAGAAGCAGUAGUUCACCUGAACCUGAGCCCGAUAAAACCGGCGGAAGGAAGUCACCCAGCAAGUCAUUGAAGGAGAAGACAAUAAGGAGGACAAGGAGAGUAUCGGGUUUGGCUUUAGGGGAGAACGAGAAAGAGAAAGAGAAACAAAAACAUCCUUUUGCGAGAUACUAG